AUGACUGUUCGGCGGUCAGAAGCGAGCCCACGAUGGGGGAGGCUGAACUCCAGGGACGGGGGUCGCCCAGAUCUCAGCUGGCAGACCCGGAGAAGUCUGUGGGGCCCGCGGCCCAAGCCACGUGCAGACGCAACGUCGAGGCCGAGGACACCAAAGCCGGGCUGCUGUCAUGGGGGACCUAACCCUGGCCCCACGGUUUCCUUUCUGCUCUCUAUGGGCACCUUCGGGCACAGAGACAGCGCGGAAGGGCGAGGCCGCACAGCCUGCCCGAGGCCGCCCGAAGCUCUGGGCCGACCGCGAACACGGAGGUUAAAGAAGGCCCUGAACUCUAGCCAGGCAGAAAACGUAACUGUAACAAAGGAUUUUAGAAGAGUGGAAAAUGCUUAUCACAUGGAAGCAGAGGUCUGCAUCACUUUUACCGAGUUUGGAAAAAUGCAAAAUGUUUGUAACUUUCUUGUGGAAAAGUUAGACAGCUCUGUUGUCAUCAGCCCGCCCCAGUUCUAUCAUACUCCAGGUUCUGCUGAGACUCUUCGACGGCAGGCCUGUCUCGUUGCUGUUGAGAAUGCAAGACGCAAAGCUCAAGAAGUCUGUAACCUUGUGGGCCAAACCCUGGGAAAACCCUUGCUAAUCAAAGAAGAAGAAACGAAGGAAUGGGAAGGCCAAGUAGAUGAUCACCCAUCAUCCGGACCCUCACAUUCGCUCACUGUACAGCAAAAAAUCAAAAGCGCAACAAUACACGCUGCUUCAAAAGUAUUUAUAACUUUUGAGGUAAAGGGGAAAGAGAAGAAAAACAAACACAUUUGAAGUUGCAA